AGUCCAUUGGCUAAACCGGUGUGACGGGGCUUCCCUGCCCCAGAUUGCAGGGGUAAAACAAUAAAUUGGACCUAUGACUUUAAAUCUGAAAUCUUUGAUAGAGUAAAGAUCAGAGUCUUACUGGUGUGGGGAAUAACAGAACCAUCAUCUGGGAUACUCUGUGUUUCAGGACAGUUGGGGACGAUUACGUUGGUAAUUCGUACAUAUUUAUCAUAAAUUCUGUCUACUAGGAUAGGUCUUUCAGAAGAACAUAAUAUUGUUUACCAAAGAAAUGGUGAUGGAGAAGCCAAGUCCCCUGCUUGUAGGGCGGGAGUUUGUGAGGCAGUAUUACACACUCUUAAACAAGGCACCAGACUUCCUUCACAGGUUCUAUGGCAGAAAUUCUUCUUAUGUUCACGGUGGACUCGACCCAAACGGAAAGCUUGCAGAGGCUGUGUACGGGCAGGCGGAGAUCCACAAGAAGGUUAUGUCGCUGCAGUUCAGCGAGUGCCACACAAAGAUUCGGCACGUGGACGCACACGCGACCAUGACUGACGGCGUGGUGGUCCAGGUUCUGGGGGAGUUGUCCAACAACGGCCAGCCUAUGAGGAAGUUCAUGCAGACGUUUGUGCUCGCGCCAGAAGGAUCUGUGCCAAACAAAUUCUAUGUCCACAACGACAUCUUCCGUUAUGAGGAUGAGGUUUUCGGUGAUUCUGAAGCGGAGCUGGAUGAGGAAUCUGAGGAGGAAGUUGAGGAGGAGCCAGAGGAGAUCCAGGCCUCCCCUGAGCCACUUCAAGACAGCCCCAGCAGCACCAGCUACUACGAAGCUCAUCCUGUAACUAAUGGCGUGGAGGAACCGAUGGAGGAGCCUGCGCCAGAACAGGAGCCUGAACCCGAGCCAGAGCCCAAGCCGGAGGAGGUGAAGCAAGAAGAAGAGAAGGUUCUGGAGGAGAUGGAGGAGAAGGCCCCUUCACCUGCACCCGCCGACUCCCCAGCCAACACCCAGGAACCUCCCAAGACGUUUUCCUGGGCUUCAGUGACCAGUAAAAACCUGCCCCCUAGUGGCACAGGUCCCUCCUCUGGUAUCCCCCCUCACGUCGUCAAAGUCCCCAACUCACAGGCCAGAGUGGAGGUCAAGCCAGAGACCCAGGCGGCCCCCCUUCGACCCCGAGACCAGCGCACACGAGAAAGACCCGCCUUCGCCCCACGAGGACCCAGGCCUGAUGGUGUGGCAGAGACACAAACGGGGAAACCGCACUUGAGUUUUGUCAGCAAAGGCAGGGGGGAUUCAGAGAGCAGUGAGAUGGACACCAGGCGGAUGGUCCGCUUCCCAGACAGCCAUCAGCUGUUUGUGGGCAACCUUCCCCACGACAUCGACGAGAGCGAACUCAAGGAUUUCUUCAUGACUUACGGGAAUGUUGUUGAGCUCAGGAUCAACACGAAGGGAGUUGGAGGAAAGCUGCCCAACUUUGGAUUUGUAGUCUUUGAUGAUGCCGAACCUGUGCAGAGAAUUCUGGGAGCCAAGCCAAUCAUGUUCCGCGGCGAGGUGCGUCUGAACGUGGAGGAGAAGAAGACGCGGGCGGUGCGGGAGAGGGAGACCCGCACGGGGGACGACCGCCGGGAUAUGAGGCGCAGCGAGCGCGGCGGAGGCCCCGGAGGGCCGCGAGGCAUGGUGGGGGGAGGCAUGAUGCGUGACCGCGACGGAAGGGGCCCGCCGCCCAGAGGUGGCAUGGCCCCCAAACCCGGCACGGGAUCUGGAAGAGGGGCUGGGGGUCCGGGCGAGGGCCGCUUCACCACCCAGCGUCGCUAGGAAAGCACCACCUGCAAUUUGGACGUAGUACCACAUUCUUCAUCAACUGUUCGUUAACGAAAAAAGUCCACAUGUAUAAACAUGUAUAUUUGUUUUGGAGUUUUUUUUUUUCUUUUGGCUUUGGAAUGUGACACAGCCUGUGAACAGUUUCUUCUUCUUUUUUUUGUGAAACAGACCAAACAAAAAAAACAAAUGCUUACGAUUUAUUUUGCUUACUUGCUGUGAGCUGAGCAUCCUUCUCUGGUAUCUCAAGAAUUCACAAACGUUAAUUUGUAAAAAUUCGUGAAAAAAGGCAAACCAACCAGGAAUAAUCUGCCACUUUAGGAGGGACUGAUAAGACUUUUACGUACGAUAAUCCAGCCCAUCAUUUGGAUAAGAGAUUAUAAGCCUUAAUUUACUGGGGCGCUACUUCACGAAAUCCCUCUGUUGCACAUUUUAUAAAGUUCUCUACCCAUUAUUGUCGGAGAGAAAAAAAUUUGUUUGACGUGCAGUUUGAGCUGGGAAGGGAGUUUUGUCUUUUUAAUAUUUUAUUUUUUCCCCUUUUUAAACGAACACUGCUUCAAAAUUGCAUUAUUGCACUCAAUAUGCACUAAUGGGUACUUUUUUGUCCGAUUUACAUUGAUAUCCAUGCCUGGAACGCAGCUGAAGACGUCUUUUGGUUUUUUGAUUUUUUUUUUUGUCUCGAAACGACAACUUUUAAAGGACAGGUCUCCGUCGUGGCCUGUGUUCUCGUGACCAGUGUACUUUACACACCUUCAACCCAGAACUAUGCCUCACCUUCCACUGGAGGAGAAAAAAAAGCCUGCUACAGAUUAUAUUUUUCUCAUUUAUAAAAUUGAAUAAAAUGCCUAAAAAUCCUGGACUUUUCACCAAAUGCUAUGGGGGGUGGGGAGGGUCACUGAGGGACGAGUGUGAGGAAGGAGUGGAAUACAAAGAUGGAACAAUAGACGAGCUGCCCAUAUGACGGUGGUUCUCUCCAAUUUUGUUCUUUUGGUUUUAAGCGUUCGCUUUUCUUCAUGUUUUUUUCGACCAGUUAUUCGGCAGCAAAAACUUGCAAGGGCAUGAACUGCCUCCUCCCCUCCCUACUUCCUUUUCACAUGCAGAAAAACAUAAUAAAUGUACAGCAAAAAAUAUAUAAUUUACUGUUUUUCAUUUUAUCUGUUUUCGGUUCUCUUUCAACUUGUUAGUCGCAUGACGGUGCCUUCUAGUUCAUACUAUCAUUUUUUGACGGCCAUUUCCGAUCUUGCUUCGAGGACCAGGGCGUUUCCCUGCCUCGAGACGAGGGGCUGCGUAGUUCAAACUAUCGCCUGUUGGGAACACUUGCAGUAUUCAUUCAAAAUUUAAGUUCCUUGGUUCUGUUUACUCUAGGUGCUCAUUUCAUUGUUUUCCUACUAUUGUACUACCUAAGGUAAUCUGCUGUGAGUUUUGUACAUGUGUUUAUACUGUUGUCUGCCCUGGGUUUGAAGACAUUAGGUACCUCGAGUUUGCUUUUUGAACAUGGUUCAGAGGGAGUUUUUAAGAGCUUUGGUUUGGAUCUAGGAAACAAAGGUACAUUAAUAACGACGGACAAUGCUCACUUUUUCACUUUGCUCCAUUCCCUUUCCAGCCUGUGCUAAAAAAAAAAAAAAGGAUUUGUACUGUUAACUGAAAGACGUGCCAUUAAAUGGUGUUCAUAGUCACUUUUCAGUCAUUUGGCCAUACUCAAGAUGGCCAGAGCCCCUCUCAGUUCUACGUAUCUGCAGCUAAUACAGGCAUAUCAUGAUCUCUUUGCCCAUAUCUAGUUUUUCAUGAAGUGUUUGUAACGUCUUGUGUCUUACAGGCUGCCCACAGAACGUCCCUUUCUCUUGCUGUGGAAGCCUUGUGCCCGAUCAGUGGAUUUGAUUUAUUUUGUGUCUCGAUUCCGAUGUAGAACAAUAACGAAUCCUCUAGUCUAGUCCCAGUCCUGUUCCCUUGUUUGUGUUUACAACAUGUUGGCAAUGUUUCAGCUGGGAAGGAAAAAAUGAACAAGAGUUUUCUUAUUUGUUCGUCUGCAUUGAAACAGAAAAUUACAUUCAUGUAGCAUCUUCAUGGUGUCUUCAGAAGCUCUUCUAUGGAUGUAUGCACUCUGGUCAGUAUUCAAACCAUUCAGGAUUUUUUCACACAAGUCGCUGCAUCAGGCAUGCAUAUGAAGGUCUAUUGGAUUGGGCUUUUUUUUUAGCUGAAGAUGCAUAACUUUAUAGGCACAUAGGCAAUAAUUCACCAGUAUACUCAAUUUCUACACCCAACAUCAGAAACAGUUUUAUUGCUGAAGUGCAGAACAAUGUACUUGUUGCUUUUAUUUUCUCACUGGCUUCCACGUCUCCUUAAUAUCGAGUCAUAUCUUCACACAACCUAUCUGAGGAG